UUUUUCCUAGGAGCAGAUGCUCUAGAAAGGAGUAAUUUAAGAAGUUUAUUCUAUAAUUUCGUCGUAUAAAAUGUACUUUAAAAAUUAAAAAUUAAUUUUUAUCGAUUAAUAUAUAAUUAAAGCGUAAAUCUAUAAAAACAUUAAUUUAGUAGGAAGAGGAAAAAAAAAUUCGAUACUUGAGUUGAAAAUAUUCUCCAGUUUCUUCCAUUUACUUAACACGCUUCUUCUCUGAAUGGGAUACGAAUUGUGACGCAAAAUUUCGUCUACGUGGCUCUAUCGUAGUAAAAAAAAGAAAAAUUAAAUAAAAAAUUCCACGUGUUAAUUAUUUUUUAAAGUUAAAUCUUUAUAUCAGGAUGUUUAAUAAUGUUAAUAACUUGAAUAUAUAUAUAUAAAAAGAUAUAUGUAUGUAUAUAUUUUUGAAUCAUGGAAGAAUAUAUAAACCGCACUGAAUGGAAAAGUGAAUGGCUCAAUAAUGAAAGUUCGUGGUCCACUAUAAUAGAUGAUGAUAUUUUUACAAAUAAUGAAACUUCCAGCGUAUUACCAUGCGCAACUGAUAACGUUUCCAACUGGUUAUGUGAAAACGUAACAAGUAACGUCACUCAGGAUGAAUCGGUGUAUCAAGAUAGUACCGAAAAAAUCUAUUGGGCACUUUUACUUAUAUUAUUACCAUUCUUAGCUGUGUUUGGUAACAUUUUGGUCAUCUUAAGUGUUUUCAAGGAAAGGAGUUUACAAUCAGCAACAAACUAUUUCAUUGUCAGCUUAGCAUUUGCAGAUCUAUUAGUAUCAGCUGUUGUCAUGCCUUUUGCGGUAUAUGUCCUGGUAAACGUGAAUUGGGAACUGAGUGAUACAUUAUGUGAUUUCUACAUAGCCUUAGACGUAACUUGCAGCACUGCUUCAAUUUUCAAUUUAGUAGCCAUUAGCAUAGACAGGUUUAUAGCCGUGACUCAACCAAUUAAAUAUUCCAAACACAAAAAUAACAAUAGGGUGAUUUUAACUAUAGCAAUAGUAUGGAUUGUAUCGGCAGCUAUAGGUUCUCCAAUAGUUUUGGGAUUAAAUACGACCCCCGAAAGAACACCUCAACUUUGUAUCUUUUACAAUUCAGACUUUAUUAUUUAUUCAUCGCUCAGUUCGUUUUACAUUCCGUGUUUAGUGAUGGUAUUUCUCUAUUAUAAAAUAUUCAAAGCAAUCCAUGAAAGAGCUAGAAAAGCGGCGGCAAAGAAAUCCAAGCAGGCAGAUCUAAGGCCCAGUCUAGUGAUCGAAAACACAGCCCAAACGCAACCACUUCAAGAAACGACACUGACAAUAGCCAGUAAUCAGGCAAAGGAUAAUAAAACUCAGCAGUUGCAGAUUGUAGUCGAAGCCGAUGCCGUGACUACAAACACCGGAAGCGGAAGCCAGGAGGACGAAGAGUACGACAUACCAGAAACAAGGAGGGUAUCGGAUGCGGACGAAUGCCACAUCAUACCUAACGAGAAGGCUCCGAAUUUUGCAAUGAGUUCUGUUAGGAAAGACAGUGAACCAAUAGGUGCCAAUGGUACAACGGAUUCAGGCUACGUUGCUUCUAACGUAGAAGAAACGCAGUUUUUCGAGAAUCCACAUGUGAACGUACCCUCUCAGAGCUUGGUACCCAUAGACGUCAAAUGCAACAAUCGCUCACCGGAGUCUAAAAAUAACGGUUCGGCCAAAUCGGUGGAUAUUUCGAGAAGGAGCGGUUGUGACAGUCACGAGCCAUCACUGCGUCUUCCUCAUAUCAAAAAAUCCCGAUUUAAUUUGGGUAAGAAGCACAAGAGCAGCAGGAAGAAACGAGAGAAAGCAUCAGCCAAACGUGAAAGGAAAGCCACAAAAACUUUAGCCAUCGUUUUAGGUGUAUUUUUGAUAUGUUGGGUGCCGUUCUUCACGUGCAAUAUUAUGGAUGCGAUAUGUAUAAAGUUACAAAGUGCAGAUUGUAGACCCGGUAUAACGGCAUUCUUACUAACGACAUGGCUCGGAUACAUGAACAGUUGUGUAAAUCCUAUAAUAUACACUAUAUUUAAUCCAGAAUUUAGGAAAGCUUUCAAGAAGAUAUUGAUGGAACCAUGCAAAUGAGAAAAGAAGUGAAAAAUUUUUCGGAAGUAAAAGCAAAAAAAAAAAAGGAAAAUAUAUUAUAUCUUCUGUUCUCCUAUUGAAAUAAUCAUCAAUCUAGACAUACAAAUAUUGACUUUAGACGAGCAACUGACGUAUAGUCUAUAGACUUGUCACACUUACAUCUAUUCUUUUGUUUCUGUAACGCCCAAGGGAAUUUCACUCACUAAACUUAAUCCCCCCUCGAAGAAGAAGAAAAAGGGGAAAAGAAACACACACACAAUCACACAAGGACUGCAAUUCGUCACCGCUAUUUCCUACAUAAUAUUCUAUAUUAAGUUAGGAGAAUUGAACUUUAUGCAAAGAGCCCAAACAGCGUACAAUUUCACUUUAAUUUGUUAUUUAUAUUUUAAUUAAUUUUAUAAAAUUAAGUUUCUAAACAUUUAAUUACAUUCCUUCUUCGAUUCUAAACGAGGAAACGUCUCAAUAUUUCACUAAUUAUUCGUUCUCCGAGGAUAAAAAUCUGUUUAUAAAAGUGGAACAUCUUGAUAUCUUUGUAUAAUAACGUGGUUCAUUAAUCAUACAAUGGAUUAACCAGAGAA